CAAACAGCUGUGUUAACUGUCAAAUGACUGUCAAAAUACUCUAAAAGACGAGUCAAUGUCAAUAAAAAUAAUUAUUCAUAAAUGAAUGAACAUUUAAGUAUUAUUUUAUCAUUGAAUGCAGUAAGACAAAGAAAAUUAGUAUCCAAAUAAUAAUGUUCAUUUUUUGUUAAUAUAUGGGAUCUUACAUAUCAAGAAGAAUGUCUGAAGAUGGUAGUAGUUCACGACCUGAAUCAGGAUCAGGAUACUCAGACUCUGAUUCCGACCAGGAUGUUCAAAAUUAUAGGCAUAUACUUAGAAGUUUGAUAAAUAAUGGUCAACUGCACUUAGUUUCCCCUGUAUAUGAGAAUUAUAUUGGACCACGGAUGCCAAAAAUUAAAGCCAAACCUAACACUAAAAUUUUGGAUAAAAGUGCAUUUUCCACUUUAACAAAACAAUCAUCAGGAAUAGGAGAACCAAAACACAAGAAAUUAAAAGAAAACAAUGUCGCCAGGAUGAUGAUUGGUAGAGAGGAGGGAUCUAACGGGGUUGGUUUUUCGCAAAGAAUGAAAUGUCAAAUAGCAAACAUGUUUUUACCUAACAAAAUGUCAUUACUAGACACUUCACCCGGAAAAGUAUUUUGCGGAGUAUUUUCCAAAAGCGGUAAUAGGUUCAUUACAGCAUCGCAAGAUAGAAGUAUUCGGAUAUAUGAUUCUGCCGGUGGGCCUUAUAAGUUUCUUCAUUCAAUCUCUGCCAGAGACGUUGGAUGGAGCAUUAUAGAUGUCGCUUUCAGUCCUGAUAAUGAGCAUUUUGUUUAUUCCACUUGGUCGUCAGCGCUCCACUUAUGUUCAGUCAAUGAAGAUAAUGAUCAUCAGGAACCGCUGGGCUUGCUUAGAAGCAGCAGACGAUUUUGCGUAUUUUCGGUUGUGUUUUCUUCAGACGGCAAAGAACUAUUAGGUGGAGCUAACGAUGGUUGUCUGUACAUUUAUGAUUUAGAACGUCACAAAAGAAGCUUAAAAAUACCAGCUCACGAAUAUGACGUAAAUAGCGUCGUAUUCGCUGAUAAUUCCUCUCAAAUCAUCUACAGCGGUGGAGACGAUGGUCACGUUAAAGUAUGGGACAGACGAACUUUAAUUGAAACGUCUCCAAAACCGGUAGGCGUACUUGCCGGACAUAUGGACGGUAUUACAUUUAUAGAUUCUAAAGGUGAUGGCAGGUACUUAAUAUCGAAUAGUAAAGAUCAAAGCAUAAAGUUGUGGGACGUAAGAGUUUUUUCUGGAAGUCAGGCGGCUGAAAAUACCCUAAAAGCGGUUACGGAGCAAACGUGGGAUUAUAGGUGGCAAGAAGUACCAAAAAAGUUAUAUUCCAGAAGCAAAUUAGAUGGCGAUACGUCCGUGAUGACUUACAAAGGGCAUGUUGUGAUAAAAACUUUAGUAAGAUGUAGAUUUUCUCCUUUAGAAACUACCGGUCAAAGAUAUAUUUAUACGGGGUGCGGUAGAGGUAGAGUGGUCGUAUACGAUGCUUUAACCGGUGAAAUAGUAGAAGCAUUGAGAGGUCACGUGGCGUGCGUCAGGGACGUCGAUUGGCAUCCUACUCGAAACGAAAUACUAAGUUCUUCUUGGGAUGGGACUGUCGGAAAAUGGGUAUAUUCCAAUAUGGAUUUUUCGAAAGAAAAAGAAAAACCAGAGAAAGAGAUGGAAGAUAAAUGCAGCGAUUCUGAGACGAGAGAUAGGCGUAGAUCUAUUACGAAAAGGCGUAUGGAAACAAGAUCGUCUAGAGCGAAGUGAUAUUUUAUUUAUGCUAAAUAUUUUAUUCAUAUUUUUAUAAAGUGUAAAUAAAUCUAUUAACACCAA